CAUGCUUUUGUGCUGCACGUGUGCAGGGGGCCCAGCUGCAUGUCCUGCAUCAUGGGCAGGCCCCCUGAGCACGUUCACUGAGACAUGUGUGACACAUCUUGGAAUGGCAGAGACAUGGUCCCUUUUUGUGUUCAUGUGUAUCCAUAUGUCUUUCUACACACGUGUGCUGGUAUGUCAGUCUAUCUUGUCUCCCCUGUAGCCGGGAAGCCCCGAACCACGCACCAACGGGCACUCUGGGAAGGUGACGUCGAGACUAGCCCAGCCUAAUUUGAGGUUUCUGCUCCAGGAGUCCUCCAGCCUGCAGCCCCUGUGGAGGAGGGAGGAUUGACCAGCACGGGGGUGGGGGACCAAGUGUUAGGGAUCUUGGGGGGCCUGGCUUGUAGCGUGGAGGACUGAGUUCUGCGCUGGUGGUCAGCGGCCCUGCCCCAAUGCCCGUGUGACCUUGGGCAAGGCCUCCGCUCUCUCUGGGGCACAUUCACUCAUCUGGAGAACGUGGGAUUGGACCAUUGAGUUCUGGCCACCCCUGAGGCUCUGACAAUCGUGAUUUGGGUGGCGGGAGUCUGCUAAAUUUGCUGGUGGAGGCAGCUGUGGCCAGAGCCUGGCCUGCCAGACCCUUGCUCCGUCCUGGGGUGUCCUGCUGAAGGGCAAGAGGAGAAGCCAUGCUGGGCAGCGGCCCCAGCGAGAGGAUGACGUGGCCCGGUCCGGCCCUCCCCACGGCCCCCCCAAUGCGGCCUCUCUCCUCAGCCCCGGGGACACCAACCAUCUCGCCCCUCACCCGGACCCGCAGCCUCAUGGCCAUGUCCCUGCCAGGCAGUAGACGGGCCUCUGCUGGAUCCCGCAGUGGGGGCCCUUUGGGCCGCAGCGGCCUGGCGGUGUUCGCCCAGUGUCCGCAGCUGCCCACCAGCCAGAAUGAGCACCUGCCUCUUCUUCCCGCCUCCAGGCGCACCUCUCCGCCCGUGAGCGUGCGGGAUGCCUACGGCACCUCUUCUCUCAGCAGCAGCAGCAACUCGGGCUCCUACAAGGGCAGUGACAGCAGCCCCACACCCAGGCGCUCCAUGAAGUACACUCUGUGCAGCGACAACCAUGGCAUCAAGCCGCCCACCCCGGAGCAGUACCUGACGCCACUGCAGCAGAAGGAGGUGUGCAUCCGGCACCUGAAGGCCCGGCUGAAGGACACGCAGGACCGGCUCCAGGACCGGGACACAGAGAUCGAUGACCUGAAGACACAGCUGUCGCGCAUGCAGGAGGACUGGAUCGAGGAGGAGUGCCACCGGGUGGAAGCACAGCUGGCCUUGAAGGAGGCCCGCAAGGAGAUCAAGCAGCUCAAGCAGGUUAUCGACACCGUCAAGAACAGCCUGAUCGACAAGGACAAGGGGCUGCAGAAGUACUUCGUGGACAUCAACAUCCAGAACAAGAAGCUGGAGACGCUGCUGCACAGCAUGGAGGUGGCCCAGAACGGCCUGGCCAAGGAGGACGGGGAGUCGGCGGGCGGCUCCCCCGCGCGCUCCCUCACCCGCAGCUCCACCUACACCAAGCUGAGCGACCCAGCCGUCUGCGGCGACCGGCCCCCUGGCGACCACGCCGGCACCUCCGCCGAGGACGGGGCUGACAGUGGCUUCGUGGCAACCGAUGACACCCUGAGCCGGACGGACGCGCUGGAGGGCAGCAGCCUGCUGUCAUCAGGGGUGGACUGUGGCCCUGAGGAGGCCUCACUGCACAGCUCCUUCGGCCUGGGCCCCCGCUUCCCCGCCAGCAACACCUACGAGAAGCUGCUGUGUGGCAUGGAGGCCGGCAUGCAGGCCAGCUGCAUGCAGGAGCGUGCCAUCCAGACGGACUUCGUGCAGUACCAGCCUGACCUGGACACCAUCCUGGAGAAAGUGACCAAGGCCCAGGUCUGUGGCACAGUCCCCGAGUCGGGGGACAGGUGCCUGGAGCUGGAUCCCCACCCCCUGGGGCCCAGAGACCCCGACUCAGCAGUGGUGGUGACGGUGGGUGACGAGCUUGAUGGCCCGGAGCCCAUCACCCAAGGGCCGACCCCACACCGGCCUGGUGCCAACCCCAACCCAUCGGUGAGCGUGGCGUGCCCCGUGGAAGAGGAGGAGGAAGCAGCCGCAGCCGAGAAGGAGCCCAAGAGCUACUGGAGCCGCCACUACAUCGUGGAUCUGCUGGCCGUGGUGGUGCCGGCCGUGCCCACGGUGGCCUGGCUCUGCCGCACCCAGCGGCGCCAGGGCCAGCCCAUCUACAACAUCAGCUCCCUGCUGCGGGGCUGCUGCACUGUGGCCUUGCACUCCAUCCGCAGGAUCAGCUGCCGCUCGCUGGGCCAGCAGAGCCUGAGCGAGGCCGGCGCCUCCCAGCUCUGAGGAGGCCCCGCCCGGCCAGCGGCCCGGGCGGCCUGACCGCUGAUUGUAGGGGUGCCGUCCUCCCUCGCACACAUUCCCGUGGGGCAUCAUCUUAUUUAUUUAGUUUUGGGUUUGGAAGUGUUUUUUCCGGGGUGUUAACAGUGUCAGGGGGCUGGGAGUAGGGGUUGGGGGAUGGCAUCCCAGCACUUCGACAGGAGACAAGGGAAGAGAGACCAAGGGCGGGGAGGCCGCUGAUUGGACAACUGGCAGAGAGAGAAGGUGGUGAGUCCCCCAGCCCGGCCCCUGUCCACCUGGCCCUUCCCACAGGGCAGCCCCUGCUCAGGAAGUCUCUGGUGUGUUGUUCCGGGGAGGCUGGGCUGCGUUGCCCUUCAGAGCCUCCCUCACCCGCUACGUCCUGUCCAGUUCCCUGCUCACUCCAGGCCCUCUCUCCCAAGCCACCCCUUGCCCUCGGCCCAGGCUUCUGGGCAGGUACCAUCUCCUCAGAUGGAGGCAGCUGCAGCCCGAAGUGUGGGCACCUGGCCCGGACUCCGAACAGGGUCUGGAACCACUUGGUCUGGGCUUGAAGCUCCAGCCUCCUCAGGCUGCUCCCCACUCUGGGAUUCAGAAGCACAGUCAAGGCCAUGGACCUGAGGAAAGACGAUGAUGGGCAAGGGGUGGCACAGGGCAGUGUGGGUUCCGUGUCUUG